ACUUCCGCCCUUCAGCUUAAGAGAUUUGAGAAUUAAUAUCUUUUGAAGUGUUACACGUUUGUUUUGGACCAGAAAUAGCAUCAAAAGAUAUUGAAAUGGCGAGAUGGAGGUUGAGAACAAAAGCAAUCUUUGUAUAUUUGGGUUCCCUAUUCCUGAUUUUGGCCUUUUUGAGUGUGUUUACAAUAAAUGGCAAUUUGUUUUCAGAUCCCAAAACAGAAAUAAACAACCGGAGGAAGAUGUUAAUGCAGAAAGUAGCUGUAGAUCGUAUUGAUGUAAAUGGUUUAUAUGUAAAUGGACCAUUUAAUAAAGAAUUACCAGUGAUUGGUGCUCAGUUUGUUGGUAAAUACAAGGAAGACGUAAAAAAUGAACUUGAUGUAUCGAAAUAUAAUAAAGAUGGUGUCUGGGUGAUUCCACCAUUAUCUAUCUUACCUAAUAUCAGUUGGUCAGAUUUAUCAACUAUUUAUCAUGGCUAUUUAGAAAAUGUACAGAUAAAAUGUAAGAAUCCUGAACGUGUGGGUAAAAUAACAGAUGGUGGAUGGCAAAUAUGUGAAGAUCCUCAACAUAAACCUUCACCAGGAAGUUUGGUGUAUUCAUUUGGAAUUAACAAUGAUUUUAGUUUUGAUGAUGCUAUGGCCAAGAAAUAUAAAACACAAGUACAUAGUUUUGAUCCCAGUAUUAAAUUAAAAGAUCAUGAUCGAAGUGAUUUAGUGAAGUUCCAUGCUACAGGUAUAUCCGAUUAUACUGGGGUGUCAGAUAAAGGUUGGAAUAUGGCUACAUUAACAGAUAUUAAACGUCAACUUGGUCAUACUAAGGAAAGUUUAAGUGUGUUAAAGAUGGAUAUAGAAGAAUGGGAGUGGAAAGUUUUACCCCAACUUAUUAAAUCUAACGCUUUACAUAAUAUAAAACAAUUAUUAAUAGAAGUACACGCUUGUGAAGGGUGUGCCAUAUUUCGAGCAGAUCGUAAUAACGAAGCCAGUAAAGAGAGGUAUAUACAAGGUCUACAGACUUACCAACAUUUAUAUGACUUGGGUUUCCGUUUAUUUUGGAUUCACAAGAAUUCUGCUUGUGCAUAUAGAUCUAAAUUUACUGAUAAAGAAAUAUCAGCUUGUCAUGAAAUACAUUUUGUACAUGUUGAUUAAGACAUCCUUGGAGAAUUAUUUAUUAAUUCUUAUAUUCCUUAAAAUAUUACCUGUUUAGGUGUGAAGGCAAGUUUUGAUAUCGAAUUUGUUGUGGAGAGUUUAUAAAUCAUUAAUGAUGGAGAUUAAUUUGUUUCUCUUUCUGUUAACGAAUGAUUUCGAUAAAUUGUUUAUAAUAAUUUGGAAAGAAUAUGUAUGGAUGCAAAUGACAUUACAGGAAUAUUGAUUCAAAUCGUAAUUUCAAUCAGUUUUUAAGGAAUAUAAGAUUUUAUAAAAAAAAUAAUAAUUUUAAGAUAUCUAACUUUUGAAAUGUAGAUCUGAAUUCUUGUUGACAAUUUAAGCAUAUUGUCAGUUAAUAAUGUUCCAAAAUGUUCAACAGAAGCACAGAUCUUUGUAUUUCAACUUCAUUAUGACUUUAAUAUAAAGGUUUGUUCCAAAAUGUCCAACAGGAACGCAGAUCUUUAUAUUACUAUUUCUUUAUGAUUUAAAUCAAAUUUGGUAUCCAAGGAAUGUUUCAAAAUGUCCAUUACAGUUGAUAUAAAAUUUGGUAUCCAAAUAAAAGAAAUGUAAAGGAUUGUUCCAAAAUGUCCAACAGGAACGCAGACCUUUAUAUUGAAUUUCAUUAUAAUUUAAAUCAAAUUUUAUAUCCAAAUAAGAUAAAUAUUAAAAGGACGUUCCUAAAAUGCAAGGAACAGAAUAUCAGACAUGGGAAGGAAAAUAAGCAAAAUAAUUAACUUAUACAUUUAAAUCAAUGGUUUCUAAAGUAUAUUUUAUUGGUGCUUUUACGUGUUAAUAAUUGUGUAAAAUGUUGUUAUUUUUGAAAAGAAUGGAAGUACAAAUUGCAUUUCUUGCAUUUUGGAAGAUAUUUUAUUUUUUUGUGCAAUAUAUUGUUAACAACAAUUUGUAAAAUAUUAUAUUGAAAUCUCAGUUAACAUAAGAGCAUUCUAAAUAAUAGGAGGCCAGGUUGUUCGUAAUAUGCUUCAACAACAUUUUUAAAAUAAUAAUCAAGGUUUUGUAUUUAUCUAUAAUAUUUAUUAGUAAAGUUCCUUUUAAAAAGGUUAACACAUCUGUAUCAAUAUUAUAGUUAAAAUAUUUAUUAGUAUCUUUUGAUACAUUCUAUAUUUUAUCUUUAAAGAUGCAUUAUUUAAGAGCUAAAUCUGCAAAUUGCAGGUAUUUUUUUUUUGGCCUUAAAUGUUAUAUAAAUUAAUUAUUAAACAUUUAUUAGCAUAACAAGCCCAUAACUAACUCUCUAGCUCAUUGGAUGGGUUUGCUUCCGAAUGGAUUGAAAGACGAUCGCCAUUUAAAAAUUUAAUUUAAAAUUGGAUAACCAAGACUCUGUUUAGUAUCGUAGCCACAGUAGCAAUGAAAAUUGAGACUAUGCUUUUCUUCAAACAGUCAUAACUUUGCCCAGAAUGAAAUAAUUCAACUGAAUUGUUCAAUAUAUUUCUUUUUUAAUUAUCUAUUUUAAAACUAUUACAUCAAGAAUGAUCAGCUCUUUAUCUAAAUCUUACAUAAUGUAUCUUAUGUGAUUUACCUGUAGAGAUAUUUACUUAUUGUUUAUAGGCUGUGUGUUUUGAUAAUGCCACAACAUUUAAUUUCUAUUGGUUUCUUGUUUUUGUUUUAGGCAUAUUCACCAGUUUUGACUGACUGACAGUCAAAUUGACUGACUGGAGAAAUUUACCUGUCAGUCAAUUUACAUGUCAUGUGAUUAGAAUUUCAAUGAAUUUAACCUUAAAUCACAGCACAUACAGUUAGAUUUUGAGUUUUCUGUGUAAAAACACAUGGGAUAAUGCUGAAAAUGGUUUCAUUGUAAUGAAAGCCGUGAUUUAAAUGUUGUAAUAUAGUGCUGUAGUUUUGUUGUAUUGUGACUUUUAUUAUAUUGUUAUCAUGUUUUAUAUUUGUUGAUGUUACUACGUAAAUGGCUAAUUCUUACUUAUCAUUCCGACAGUUUUAACUUACAACACCAAAAGUGGUAAAAUUCUCAUAAUUCCCCCCAAAUUGUUUAGAAUGUUGUGAUCGUUGCAUUUCAGACGCCUUAUUCAUGAAAACUAAAUAUGCGUCCAUUUCAUUAGUUGAGAUUCAACAUCCUGGUACAAAUUAUAGCUCAAGCCAAAUGAAAGGGCUGAAUUCUUAAAAUAUUUAUCUUUUUGUUUCGUGAAUAAGGAUCCAGAUCUUCUUGGCAUAAUCAUGGUGCUAUUACCACUUGUUGUUGAAGACAAGUCAUUAAUGUUACUGAUAAAGUGUCUGGGUGAUCUUGUUGGCUUUUAUGUUAUAUAUGAGCCAGUCAAAUGUCAAGUACAUUCUUUCAUAAUGAACUGUUUGAAUCCCAGUUGAAUUGGAGAGUCCAGAUGUAAAGUUGUGAUGAUAUUUUGAUAAUUUAUGAUAUUUCAAAAUUGUGUCCAGACUCCAGUCUACAUUCUAGUUACGUUUAACUUAUUUUGCUAUUUUACAUGUAAUAAUUAUAACUGAAACAGUUUUACAUUAACUUGUAAUCAUGAGAAUUAAAACAGUUUUACAUUAACUUGUAAUCAUGAGAUACAUUUAUCUAUAAUCAUGAGAAUUAAAACAGCUUUACAUUUAUCUAUAAUCACAAGAAUUAAAACAGCUUUAUGUAUACCCAUUAUUAUGAGAAUUAAAACAGCUUUACAUUUAUCUGUAAUCAUGAGAAUUAAAACAGCUUUAUGUGUACAUGUAAUCAUGAACAUUAAAACAGCUUUACAUUUAUCUGUAAUCACGAGAAUUAAAACAGCUUUACAUUUAUCUGUAAUCAUGAGAAUUCAAACAGCUUUAUGUGUACUUGUAAUCAUGAGAAUUAAUACAGCUUUACAUUAACUUGUAAUCAUGAGAAUUAAAACAGCUUUACAUUUAUCUAUAAUCAUGAGAAUUAAGCUUUAUGUGUACUCAUAAUUAUGAGAAUUAAAACAGCUUUACAUUUAUCUAUAAUCAUGAGAAUUAAAACAGCUUUAUGUGUACUCGUAAUUAUGAGAAUUAAAACAGCUUUACAUUUAUCUGUAAUCAUGAGAAUUAAAACAGCUUUAUGUGUACUCGUAAUUAUGAGAAUUAAAACAGCUUUACAUUUAUCUGUAAUCAUGAGAAUUCAAACAGCUUUAUGUGUACUUGUAAUUAUGAGAAUUAAAACAGCUUUACAGUUAUAAAUAAUCAUGAAGAAUUAAAACAGCUUUAUGUGUAAAUGUAAUCAUGAGCAUUAAAACUUCUUUACAUUUAUCUGUAACCAUGAGAAUUAAAACAGCUUUAUGUGUACAUGUAAUCAUGAACAUUAAAACAGCUUUACAUGUAUCUGUAAUCACGAGAAUUAAAACAGCUUUAUGUGUACUUGUAAUUAUGAGAAUGAAAACAGCUUUACAUUUAUCUGUAAUGAUGAGAAUUAAAACAGCUUUAUGUGUACAUAUAAUCGUGAACAUUAAAACAGCUUUGCAUUUUAUGUAAUCAUGAGAAUUAAAACUGCUCUAGAUUAAGAUGUAAUCAUAAGAAUUAAAAAAAAAACAGCUUUGUUUUUACAUUUAAUCAUGAAAUUUAAAACAGCUUUCAUUUACGUGUAAUCAUGAGAUUUAAAAAAGCUUUGUAUUCACAUUUAAUCAUGAUAGCUUUCAUUUACGUGUAAUCUUUAGACUUAAAACAGCUUUUACAUGUAAUCAAGAGAAGCGAAUUUGUUUUUGCUUAAUGAGUAUACAAUGAACCAUUAUCAAUGCAUAAGUUAGGUAAACAGCUUACCACAAGGACAAAUACAGCGAACUGAAUCUCAAAACUUUUACAUGAUCAAAAACAAUUAGUUUAAUUGAAGAACAAUAUCAAAAACUCUCAUUAAAAUUUGGAACCAUUUUGAGAUUAGGAUUGUAGCAAUAAAGUAGAUCCUUUUUUUUUGUUUUGCAAAAUAUCUUUACAUUAUCAUAAUAUUUAUGCUUACAUUUCGCCAAGAAGCUUGUUUGAGGAGUUCACAUGGCUAGAAUAUUUUUGUAUUAAUUUGUAUUUAUUAUUGUUGCAUGGAUUGUAUGAGAAUUGUAAAUACCAUAUUUCACAGAAUAAGCUGCAUAUACAUGAGUGUACAUAUACGAAAAAGAUUGCAUCUGUAAUCCGUUGCGAGUCUUGGUCAUUUUAUAAUAGUUUUGUUUGUUAUUCGUCAUAAUGCUUAACCAUGCAGAGUUGUCUGCUCUGUUAAGUUAGGGGGUUUGGUGGCCGAAUGAUUUGACAUAAGGUCUGUUAUUUAGUCACCUUUAACGGUUUUCUCUGGGUCCUCUGGUUUCGUCCCACUGCUAAAGACCCCUACGCACAAGUGAGUUAUUGAAAUAAAAUUGAACCAUGUGUUAGUCCCGAAGUGACCUAUUUGUGUCGAGUGGACAUUAAAUCCCAUUUCUCUCUAUCUGUCAAGUGUCAAGUGAUAUGUGUGGUGAUUGAUAUCAGUAAUAAAAAGAUUAUGAUCACUCUUCACUUUGUAAAUCUAUUUCAGUGAUUGAGUUUUUUCUAAUGACAAUUUCUUUCAAAUUGUCUUUUUGGUUUAAUUUUACAAACAAUUUGUAUAUAUUUGUACGGAAAAGAGAUUAAUUUAAAGUAAUAGCUAUGUUAAAUAUCGCAUAAUAAUAAAAUAUAUUGUUUUUCUACAACAUUCCUACACCAAUAUUAAACAUUCAUUUUUAAUAAAAUGUUUCAUUUUAAACAUUUUGAUUUUGUGCAGGGAACUUCAUUCCAUAUAUGAUCCAUUCCCUAAAUUAGUUUUUGGAUAGGAUUUGUUUUUGUACAAAUUAUUUUCCCGGUAAUAACAGCUGUACAUCAAAAAGGUAACCGCCUGAAUAUUUUGCUCUUUUAGCACAUGGUACAUGUAACUGUAGACUACCUCUGUUCCCCUAAGAAAAUUAGAGGAAAGUGAGGAUUUUCACACUGAAUUUUGUAGCUUGUUUUUUAAACCACAUGAAAUGACUUGGCUGUGGACUGCCCCACAGUUCUUAAAUGGUUCACAGCUGUUUAAUUACGUUACAGAGGUGGUUUGAAGAGUGUUUGAGGAAGCAAUAGUUUCAGGCGUUCCAACUACUAAAAGGUUAAAAGCAAAUUGUUCUAAUUGUAAAGUAUAGCCCAUAAAAAAAAAAAAUAUUUAUAAACUUUUUGGGGACAUUAAAGGGUUAAAAGCAGAUUGUUCUAAUUGUAAAGUAUAGCCCAAGUAAAAAAAAAUGUUUAUGAAAUUAUUGGGGAUAUGUAAUAGCUUGAAGAUGAUAUCCAAUGCAGUGUUUAAUUGGAGGAUUUUAUAGGCAUUAUGGGCUGUCUUGCAAGAAGCCAAAAUGAUGGUUUUGAUAGGAAUAUAUUCUUCCCUCUAUAAUAUUUUUAUUAUUUUAUUUUUAUUUUGAUUCAUGGGUUGUGGGAUAUGUUGUAAUAUAUUAUGUAUAGUUUAAUUGUUUUGUUAAUAUAUAUGUAUAUACAUUCAUCUAUUGUUUAGGAUAUUUGUUGUAAUAUACAGUGUUAGUGCCAGGGCUUGGGGUAAUGGUGUGCAGAGAGAGGGGAUGGGGGUGACAGUCCCAGCCAUUCAAGCAAAGUGUGAAAUUUAAAAAUGUAAAAUAGAAAUUUGACAUUAUCGCUGUUACCUUUGUUGUACAAGCUGCCAUAUGGAAUUUGAAUAAAAGGUAUAUUUCAUCUGUUUUCCCAUACCUGUAUUAAAAAUGUUAUCCUUUCUCACAUUUCUAAGUACUAAGCUUUAUCAUUGAGUCUUUGGGGCAUAUAAUCAAGGGUUUGGCACAGGGCAUCAAAUAACCUCUGCACGCCACUGGGGAGAGGAUGUGAGAUGGUCUUUAAUGUCGUCAUUGAUAUAUAUUUAUAUAUAUAUUUAUAACUGUACAUUGAAUUAAGACAUUGAUCUAUUUAUAAAUAUUUUUAUUUUUAUUGCAUUUGAGCCUUUAUAAAUAAUCACAAGUACACACCAUCAUCUUUUAUAUUAUAGAACAUGUAAUAUAACUUCUCCUAAGGGGAGGUCACUCAGCUAACAGAUUUGUGUUGUAUUGUAAAGUUAUAGUUAAAGCCAUUGAUUUUAUUUAGAUGUAAUAACCUCACCAUAUUAUACUUACUGUAUCAUUCCUGUAUAUUAUCAUAUACCAUCUGUUGUUAUUAGUUAUUAUGUGUGAAAUUUUUUUGUUUUAUUUCAGAUUUAGAUUAAAUAAAAAUAUUUUCAUGAA